CAUUGCAUGUUAAUUUCAUGUCGACGGUAGUUGAGGUAGUUGACCGAAUGCCGGCCACGUCAACCUUAAGCGAAGGCGGAGAUGAAAAACCUAAAAAGAGGAAAGAUAAGGACGAAAUCAAAAAAGAAAAAUGGUUCUGUGGAUGCUGCAAGUGUGCGAGCUAUGAAUCUGAAGAAGCAUAUCUCUACGCCUUUGAUUUCGACCAUACCAUUGUUGACCAAAACUCAGACACGGCGGUCAUGGAGGUCAUUCACGACCCCGUUCCUUCAAAUCUGACGAGGCUGUUCGACGGGACCAACUGGGAAGAAUAUAUGGAAGGCGUGUUCAAGUUCGUGGCUGAAGAAGGAGGAACUUAUGAGAUAAUUGCUGACAAAAUUCGACAGCUACAGGCUACUGAAGGAAUACCACAUCUACUUCACAAAAUUGUAAUGGCCCGACGAUCACUACAUCAUGGUUCUAAGCUCAUAAUUGUGUCAGACGCCAACUCGUUCUUUAUCGACACGUUCUUAUCCAACUUGAAGCCUCCUGUUACUCCGGAUUUGGUCAUUACCAACCAAGCGGACAAGACGGAAGAGGGUUUUCUCAAAUUGACUCCUUUCGAGACCCAGACGGAAUGUACUUUCUGUCCCAGAAAUUUGUGCAAGGGGACCGCACUAUUGAAAUAUAUUGGAAAGAAGGGUCCUUUUCAAAGGGUUUAUUACACUGGAGACGGAGGCAACGAUAUUUGUCCAGCGACUAAAUUGACAGAGAUGGAUGUGGUAUUUGUUAGAAAGAAUUUUGCGAUGGAUAAGAUUUUGAAGCAUGGAUCAUGGAAAGGACAACAGUUGAAUAUAAAAGCAAAAAUAGUUUUCUGGGAGGUGGGGAAGGAAAUUGAACGAGAGAUGAUAUUCUGAUUUUGACUGAAGAAAACUUGAGAUUGCAAUUAUGUAUGCAUGCACGCAAGAGGGUAAUAAGUAUUCACUGUUAUAAAUUCCUAUGUGAAAUACGUAUGGCUACAUGGCAUUAUAUCAAUCCAAGUAAAUAUGUUAUAGGUAUUUCUAUGCAAUAAAAUGUCAUA